AAGUAUUUGUUUACUCAAGACCGAACAUUACUUCCCGUCUUACUCAGAAAGCGAAAGCAAUUAAAAUGGCGACGGGCGGAAAUGUACCCGAGCAAGGCGGGUAUGAUUACGAGUUUAUAAGUAAAGUUCCCGAGGAUUGGCAAUGUCCUGUUUGCUGUUUACCGUUGAAAGAUCCUGUGCAGAUUGUAGGAUGUGGACACAGACUUUGUAACAUCUGUAUGGAAUCCUUGUUGAGGAGCCCUUCACCGACAUGUCCAGCAGACAGACAACCUUUGUCGCGUGAGAAGAUAUUCCCAGAUACCGGUUGCCAUCGCCAGAUUCUGGAUCUUACCGUGAAAUGUCCUCAUUCUGGAUGUUCAUGGACAGGAGAGCUGCGUGCUGUGGAGGAACACCAGUCAGCAUGCCCUUUCAAAGUGGUCAAGUGUCCAAACUCAGGUUGUACAAAGAUGCUCACAAAGCGAGACAUGAAAACUCACGAGACAUUAGAAUGUUCUUGGAGGAAAGUGAACUGUGAACAUUGUCAAGAAUCAGUCAUCAUGAAUUUGAAACAGAAACAUUUUGAUAUUUGCCGAAAGUUUCCUGUUCUGUGUACUAACAAGUGUGGUGUGAGAGAUAUUCCGCGAGAAAAGCUUGAGGUCCAUGUACGCGAUGAAUGUCCUGCAACCGAAAUUCAGUGUGAAUACAAGAACUUAGGAUGUGAAGCUGUGGUAUGAACUUGUUUAUAUAUUUAAAAUACUUUUCAGUUGGAUAUUCAGUGUGAAUACAGGGAUUUAGAAUGUAACGCAACUUUCAUUCACUGGUUAUUUUAAACUUGUGAAUAUAUUGGGAAAAUCAUGGAGUUAUAUAGACAGGACGAAUUGUGUGAAAAGUAUAAAUCACAUGUUCUUUCAUUCCCCAUGUCUUAAUCUAACAUAGGAUGGUUGUUUGGGUGUUCUUAGUAAACGUUAGCAUGAAUACACAAACCUGGCGACUACGACUGGUGUUAACAGCGUAGAGGAGAACAAACUUAUUCAACGGCGCAAAGGAAAUCUGCCGCGAACGCAACCCUCCAUUUGCGUCAGUAAUGCAGCUGAAUAAUAAUAAGCUGGAGAGUUGAUUAAAAUUACUUCACACCUCUACUGUGCUGUUUCGCUUGCAUGUAUCUUCUUUUUACAAAAAAUCACUAUAAUUAAGUUACUCUAUAUUACAUUAUUUCCAUGACAGCCGAAUUGGAAUUUCAAAAUGUAACGUUGCUUUUUUAGGAGGGAGGAAAACCGUAGCACCCAGAGAAAAGUCGUAUCACAUAUCAUGACGAGAACAAACAACACAUGGCACCAAGCCAAAAUCAAAAGCGGACCACAGAGACAAGCGGUCGCACCCUCGGGGGAGGGGGGACUAUCAAGUGAAAGGGUCGAGGAUAGUCGUCGAAAACUUUUAUUUAAACCUCUAAUGGAGACUAAUCUGGGUUUGGCUUGAACUUUAUUUGAUCUCUAAAAGCUGACAUGAUAGCGCUUUUUAUUAUUCUUCGAAUGCAACCCAGUAAGAUAACGAGGGGUGGCGAAUGCGUUUUUCCUUGCAAGGCCUAGACAUUUCGACUUUUUAGAUUGCGAGACCGAGACUUCAAAGUGUUUUAAGUGCGAGCGCGAGACGUUCAGACCGAUAAAAUUCGAGCCCCAUAUUUAGUUCAGAGCUAGAAUGAGCUUGUACAGUCUUUAGCCAGCUUCUUGGAACUGACUGGAAAUGGAAAUUCG